AUGGAGGGCCAGACGGGGGCACUGCCCCCCGACCCCGGCACGGGCCUCGCGCCGACCUACCACCCCACUGCUGCAGGCAUGGCCACCUCGGGCCACCCUUCGGGCGGCUCCAGCGUGUCCGUGGGUGCCAGCCCCUGGUCCACCAUGACCAGCACCCAGUCGGGGUAUGUGGGCGUGCCCCAGCCCCAGCCGUCCCCCUUUGGCAUGGGCGCCGUGCCAGGGCUGGGCCCCGACCCGGCCGCGGUGCCGGGGCUGGGCGUCCCCCACCAUGCCACGGGCGGUUGGCCCUCGGGCGGGCAGCCCGUGCCAGCGGCCGCCUGGCAGGGCUUCCCCGCGCCUUACGUCGCCACGGCCCCCGCCCCGGGCCCGACGGUGGCGGCACAGCUUGGCGCCGGCCCCGCCAUGUUCCAUGCCGGCGCCCUCCACACGGGCCUGCACCCGGGCGUGGCGGCGGCCUACGGCGGGGUCUCGGCGCCACCGACGGCCGCGGCGUACCUGCAGCCCGGCCUGGGCGCGUUCCCGGGCCUGCCGGCGCAGCCCCCCUUCCCCGGCUUCCCCUCAGGCUUGGGCGGCUGGCCGGGCGUCCCCACCCACGCCUACCCCGGGUUCCCCGCCCCCGCCGCAUACCCUGCGGCAGCCGGGCUGGCGCGGCCGCCCCUGGCCCCGCAUGCAGCGGCCGCGCUCCCACCGGGCCACCCCACCUACGCCACGAUGCAGGGCCUCCCCUCCGGCUCCGUCGCGCUGUCCACCCACGCGGAGCCAAGCACGAGCGUCGGCGGGCUGGCCGCGCGCGACCUGGACAUCUCGAGGGCCUCGGCCCACUCCAACCCCUCCGUGGCCUCGCUGCGCUCUGAUCUGCCUGCCCCCCUCGCGAGCAGCCCCCGCACCUCCGCCAGCUUCCAAGGCCUGGGGAGCGGCGUGUACGGGUCCAUGACCCCGCUGUUUGCGGUGCCACAGGCCGCGCUGUCCCAGGCCACCGCCUCCCAGCAGCGGCUGACCGCCGCGCUGCACGCCGGCGGGGCGCAGAUGGCCAUGAUUUCCGACCCCGCGGCCCAGGCGCUGGCCGCCGCGCAGCUGCACGUGCGCUCGCUGGGCGAUCCGGGCCAGCUGCAUGGCCUGCCGGGGCGGCCGCCCUCCUUCCCCGGCGUGGCGCCGGCGCCGGGCGUCGCGUCAGGCGGCUUGCCCCCCUUUGUGAGCGCCCAUCCUCCGGCGGCGCCCUCCUCCCGCCUGCCGUCGGUGGGUUCCGUGAACGCCAGCGCCGCGCCGACGGGGACGACCACGGGCACGUCUGCCACGAGCGCGGGCCUGGGCUCCAUCCCCUCCUGGCUCCUGCACGCUCAGACGGGGACGAUGAAGGUGGUGGUGACCAGCGGCGGCGCCUUUGCGCGCCUCACCUCGGUCGAGUUCGACUACUCCGGCGGCGAGACGCGGCUGGUCACCGUCCCGGUCGGCUGCGACCUGUCCACGCUGCGCGAGACCUUGGCGCGCCUGCCGUCGGACCCCUCGGUCUGGGUGGACAUGCUGGACGACGAGGACGUGCAGAUGAUGUUCGACGAGUGGGCGGAGUUCACGGGCGGGCGGCGCAGCGCGGCGCGCAUGCACAUCUUCGUGGAGUGGCAGCGCCGCGGCACGGGCGCCUCGGCCGGCGAGGCCGGGGUCACGCUGUCGGGCUCGCGCUCGCUGCGCGUGUCGGCGGGCCUGGGCCGCGUGGAGACGGUGCGCGAGGUGGACGAGGACGCGAGCUCCGGGUCCAUGGCGGCCGAGGCGCUGGCGGUGCAGGCCGCCAUCGACAGCGAGGAGGGCGCGGUGGCGGCGGCGGCGGCCGCGCGCGCCGAGGGCGCCGGCAGCGGCACGCCCGCUCGCCGCGGCCGCCGCUCGCUGGACGUGCGCGCCAUCAUGGAGAAGAUGGAGCUGAUCAUGGCGGAGGACGUGACCCUGGUGCGCUUCCUGGGGUCGGGCGGGUACGGCGACGUGUACCUGGGGCGCUGGCACUCCUGCGAGGUGGCGGUCAAGUGCCUGGCGCCCAGCCUCUUCUUCCAGGGCGGGGACACGGGGCGCGUGAACCGCGCCGCCAUCGCCGACCUCAUCCGCGAGGCCGACAUGCUGGGGUCCAUGCGCCACCCCAACAUCGUCUGGGUGUCAAAGCAGAAGGUAGACACGUACGUCAGCGGGGUGACCAGCCAGCGCGGGACGCUGCCCUACACUGCGCCCGAGGUCAUCCGCACGCCCAACCGCGUGACGGAGAAGGCCGACGUGUUUUCCUUCGGCGUCAUCAUGUGGGAGCUGUGGACCGGGCGCGAGCCGUACGAGAACCUGAACUACCACGCCCUCAUGCACCAGCUGGCGAUGCCCGACUCCCACGCCCCGCCGGAGUUGGCCCCGGGCUGGCGCGUGCUGCUAGAAAAGUGCUGGGCGGAUGACCCCGACGAGAGACCCAGCUUCCCUGACAUCGUGAAGGAGCUGCGGAACAUGGUGGGGGUGCUGAGGGCCGAGGCCCGCAGCGCGUCGGCCCGCCUGGCAUCCAACGCCUCGGCCUGA